AUGGCCAGUGGAGCUGUGAACAGCUCCCUCACUGCAGAGAUUGUGAUUCAAGCCAUAGCUGGUGGUGCGCGUGAGCGCUUAUCAGCUGCAGUUUUGACAGAUUCAGCCACCGGUAGUGCGACAUGGCGAAGCCAAGUGUUUAUGCUGCGAGCUCGGACAAAUGGUUUCAUGGUCAUGCUGCCAUCCGGCCAGGAGAUCAAGGAUGUGUUUCAUGCAUAUGCCGUAGGCCCGGGAGAGGAAGUGGCUGUCGUUUCCACAGUCAACGUUUCGUUCGAAACUGCCAGAGGUCGGUUUCAGGGCGAUGCCGAAGUCCUAAUAGCAGAUUUGCCCUGGUCGUAUCUGCCACUGUUUCGAAAGUUUGGUCGCAGCAACUUGCCUUUGACCAGUUUCCGCUUCGAGACAGCCGUCGGAAGACCUAUUCUGGAAUCAGCUUUGGAUGUUGCGGAACAUUGGGUUAUGAGCAUGCUGGAUGUAGAUACUGCCAACGAGUACCUUUCAGCUGCAGAAGGCGAGGUCGAGGAUGUGCCGCCCGAUGGUGUCUUCGAAGUCGGAAGCCCCAGCAACCCAGUAGAUCCAGAUGCCGAGGACCAGAUCUCUGCCUUGAAGGAUCGAAUUGCUAUGUUGGAAGGCCUAGUGAAAGUUCAGGCUGGCAAAGGACCAGCCGCGGCCCACGAUCGAGGUCAUCAGUCUACUCUGUUCGACCAGUCUGCAAAACGAAAGCAGCUCACAGAAGCAGAGCUCGAUCGACUGCACAAAGCAGUGGGCCCGGCACCUCGCCGUCUUGGGCGAGCCGAAUCGGCCCUUCCACAGGUCGACCGCUCCAGGAACCACAUGGAAGAAGCUUUGAUGGCAGAAGCCGACAGAGGUGUGAUCGACUUAGACACCGAAACACAAGUUUUGGAACAGCAGGUUUUGGCCCAGUUGGCACAGAGCUCGGAUCCUCUUCAGCGAUUGAUGGUUCUGCAGAUGAGACAAACCCAGGACUUAGUGAAAGCUUUAGUUCCAAAAUCUCAGGCAGACCCAAUAGCAGCUAUGCUAAGCGGCUCGGACAACGGAGCCGCCAGCUCCUCAAGCGGCGUCUCUGUCAAAGGUUAUGCCGCGAGGGAGAUGUUCCUUCGCCAGCUGCAAGACGAUCGCAAGCUGGUGGAUCAGGUGAAGAUGAACGCCCGAACAGAAUUGGGCAUCCCACAGGGUCGAGAGGAACCUGCUUUGCUCCGCCAGUUUCUGGAGCAAAGGAUCCCAAUAGGAGAUCACAAGACCAUGGCGCAAUUCGGGUAUAUGCUAGCGUGGGGCUGGGAGAUCGGCGAAACCAGCCAAAAUCACCAACUCAUGGCCUUCUGUGGAAGGAUGAUGAUGUUCGUCGAACAGUCAUGUCUAGAUUCAGGCAGGACGGGGUUGGCUUGGUUGAUGACGGGCCUACCAGAACCCAAUUUCCAGCAACUGGCUCUGAACAAAAAGCGGUCAACGUUGACUCCUUUUGCAAAGUUGGCCCCUCCGACCUGGAUUGCUGCCAAUCUGAGCUAUUUGAAGGACGUGGACAUGUUCGACACCAGACUGCGGCAGCUCGGUGUCGGAAAGUCGCAGAAUCUCCCCAGUGCCGAAGCAGACGCAGAAGAUCGGUCUCAGAAGCCGAAAUUCAAGCCAAGGAAGCCCAAAGGCGGAAAGGGAGCAAAGGGAUCCGAAGCGGUCUCGGGAUACCCAGACCGGCCACCAGCAGAGGCCCAGGCGGGCGAGCCUUGGACCGAUUCCCAAUAUAAAGUGCUAGAGACCUUGCAAGAGCACAUUUCACACUUUUGCGACGUGCCAGCCUUUAGUCCAGCGGACUUAGGACGGUUCGGUGAAAAAUUCGCGGCUUUGGGAAAGUCGCUGCAGGAACUGCCGCAGCACGCGGAUGUGGACCUUAGUGCAUUGCUGCGUGACAUCAAAUUAGGCCGAUCGAAGAGCAAUGUGCAUUUCGGAUCCUCAGAUUUUCUGACUUUGCUGGAUGCCAGCACAUUGAAGCGUCGAUGUGUGAAGCGUAUCUUUGGUUUUGUCACUCUUGGCGUCUAUGGCGGACGGAUAUUUACCAGUCGCUUGUGCAAGCUUAUCAUUCGGGAGCUUCUUCGGAGGCUCCAGUUCACGCCGCCCAGAGAUCCCAAAGAAUCCUUUACGGAUUACGAUGAUGGUGACCUGGAAGUGGAAAGUGACGUUGAGGACCUGGCGCCUACAGAGCUCCCGGAGAACCUGGACACUACAGAGCUCCUGGACCCUAUCGUUGAAGACGAGGAUACAAGUGCUGUGGUUCCCUUUGUCGCUGAGGAACUGCGUGAAGGGCUAGAAGCUGGAAACCAUCCAGAUCCAAAGGAAAACAUAUCCUUCGCACAGUUCCGCCAGAAAGUCUUGGAUAGCCUUUCGACUCCUCGUGCGCCACAGCGCCUUCGAGAUUGCAUGAGCACUCCUUCGAGCAGGAAGAUCUUUGUUGUCAAUGAUGGGCACACGCCCCCUCCAGUAGAACCGAUGAGCAAAAGAGCUUUGAUGGGUGAAAUCAAGGCUGAGAAGGCCAAGAAGCGUUCUGACAAGAAGGCUUCCAAACCUUUGGGGUCAUCUGACUUGGCAGCAAAGGCCCCCAAGCUUGCGGGGCAGUCAGUGAAAAAGAAGGAGAAGCAAACGCGCAAGCCAAACAAUGGGCCAAUGGGCGAGGCUAUGGCCGCCUUUUUCUCGAGAAAAAAGGCCAAAGGCUUUUCAGGACCAGAGAUCCGAGCUUUGUGGAAGACUUCAAAGACCCGGAUGGCUAUCAUAGAGAGUUUGCCAUCCCCAGAGCGGCGGCGGAGAAGGCUCGGUAUUGAAACCGCCCGCCGCUACAAGUCCAAGCAGAAUGAGAUGAAGGUUGGUGGUCGUGACUUGGCAGCAACGGCGGCAUACCCAUUGGGGCUGGGUUUGCAGGUGACAUGCGACUUUGAGGAUGAAGUGAUGACCAUCUAUAGUCAGAUGCAAUCUCUGACGCCGCAGGAGAUGGAGGCUCGCUUGAACAAACUGGGUAAAGACUUGAAGGCUGGUCGUGUAGCCCCACCCAAGCCUGAGAAGCCCAGUGGCUGGAUUGAUCCACGCGCCAAGUCGAAUGACAAUGUCCGCAGGAAGCUACCUUUUUCUGAGGCAGCUGAGUUGCCAGAGCAUACUCCACCAGUGGAAAGACGUGUGAGCUUUCACUGGACUGAGGAACAGUGGGCUGAGUGGGAGGAAAACCUCACAAUGCAGUGGGAACAGGAGGAAGCAGAACGAAUGCAGUGGGAACAGGAGGAAGCAGAACAACGUCAGCGUGAGCUUCAACAGCGGGCAUCACAGAAAGCAAAGAGCAGCGCAAAGCCUGCAGCGCUGGCGAUCAAGGAUGGCAAUGUAGACCUAGACAGCUUGUCGCCAGAGGAAUUGCGAGCUUUGAAAAGUGCACCUUUGCGAAAGAGUGUUGCUGAACGUGAGGACGGCCAGUUGCAACUUGAGGAUUUGCCAUGUGUUCGCUUUGUGAGCUUUCUCCAGACGCUCUCACAGGAGGAGGCUAAGAAAGCGAGACCCAUGAAGCCUGUGGCUGAAACAAAGAAGAAGAAGAAGGAGGCCAUCCAGCUCCUUCUCAAAGAUCUGCCUUGUGUUCGCUUUGUGAAGUUUCUUGAGACGCUGUUGGUGAAGGAGGCUAAUGCAAACAGUUUGGAAGAGCUACACGCUGGUGAACACGGUGCUUCGAGCAGCAAGAGUGGAACAGUUGCUGGAGGUGUGGAGGCACCUGAGCCCAAGAAGAAAAAGAAAGCUGACGCAGGUCUGCCGCCGAAGCUGAUGAACGCCUACUAUGAAGCAGCUGGAAGUCAUACCAAGAAGCGGGAUGUGAAGAUGAUGGCAUACAUGGAGGCUGAUGUUUCUAAGAACUAUGAGACAUACGAGGAGGUGAUGCUCCUGGAUUUGCAAGAGAAAUAUGGUGGGAAUGAGAACCGUGCAGGGACCAAGAUCAGUGGUGGGGGUAGCAUGGAGCAACCAGAGCCGGACACACCUGAUGAUGUGGCGCCUGAAGACUCUGCUAGUGGAGUCCCCGGCAGUUCCAAACCGUCGAGUACUGAAACCGACCACAGGAAGGCCCUGGGGGCAGCGCUCGACCUCAUGAGGCCUUUUCCUAUGUCAGGCCUAGCUGAGAAGAAAGGGCCUAAGGGCAAGGGACGGAAGGGGAAGAAGGGGAGUGAUGAUGAGGGGGAUGGGCCAGGGCCCGAAAGUCCCAGGAAGCCCAAGGAACAAACGCAAGAGGAGAAAGACAAGAAAGAAGUUGACAAAAUCAUCAAGCUUCGAAGUACUGCCAAGAAGGCAAUUGGAGUUGGACAAGAUCUUGCCAAGUAUCCCAACACGGAGGAGUCCCACGAGAAGAUCAAGGAGAAGCACACUUAUCUGUCGGAACUGGCUGCCAAGUAUUGUGCUCCUUCGAAGAUUCCUCGGAAAGACCGGGGCGCUGGUGCUUUGGUGGUGCAGCUUGUUGAGAUGCUGACGUCUGGGAAGGCUUCUAUGAGGGACUUGAAAAAGCUGCUCAUGGCUAUUGGAGAGAUGCCGGAGUCGCCCAUUAUUGAUUUGGUUGAUUGCUUUGAGCAAUCUGGUGGAUGGGGCCUCGAGCGGGCCUUCAGCAAGUGGAUCGCGCGGCAACCGUGCCGGCAGGCUCUUCAGGAGUACUGGGACAUGAACCCAGAUCUUGAAGCUGAACUCCGUGAUCUUUGGCGUGAAGAUCCUGAGGCCCCGGAACACUUCCCAUCUUCAGUGGUUCCAUUUCGCUUGUAUGGAGACGAGGCUCGGGACGAUGGCCUGCUUCUGAUCCAUGGGGCCAGAGCUUCUCCAGUGAAUAUCAUCCUGAGUUUGCACUUCGAGCGGGCCAGCUAUUGGCGGGAUCUUGGCGAGCUGCACUCGACGGGUUUCAAGGUGACCAGGAGCUAUCCCCAUAUUUCCCAAAAGAUUUGCAAAGGUGCGGCCAAUCGCAUGUUAAUCUUUUGGCUCGCUGAGCUCACCUAUGUCUCCGAAGUUUCCCAGUUUGAUUUGAUCACCAAGGCGGGUGAGGCCUUUCGAUUUUCUGCAGACGACUUGUCAGAUUUCUAUUACACUUUCAAGGAGCCAAGGGCCCGUGCUAAGCGGAAUUGCAUCGGUACCAAGGUUUUCCCCUCCGAAGUCAGAAGUUUGUCUUGUUUUGAUCCUGCGGUUGAGGGCCCCUACUACCCAGCCUUGGCAACCCUUGCCAUGGGCGAUGGGCACGCAGUGGAGAUAGCUCAGGGGAGCCAUCAUGCCCUUUUGCAGUUGGAAGGCGGCAGUAUGCUGGAGUCGGAGACUUUAGAAUAUCGCAAGCCCAUCCCAAGAGGUGAUUUCGUUGAACUUUUGGCUAUUGAUGAUCAUAUCGGUGUCCAGCGGCUACCCUUGGAAGAUCUUCCGAAAAGGCCAAGUUUACGGGACACCCGGGUUUUUGAUGCAGCGCAAAAAGCCUAUAAGAAGGUCCUUGGAGUAUUGGCAGCUGGCAUAGGAGGGAUGACCUUGAGCUUGGCAGCCUUAAGCUCUAUGAAGCGGGUUACACCGGGGCAUGUGGGGCUCAUCGAGGAGCGAAAAAAGCACGCCAGCUUUUUGCAGGUGAACAUCCGCUUGAUUCCCGUGAAGAAGCGCUUUAUCAAGGAAUAUCCCACUAAGGCACAGAUCAUUUUGUCAGGCCCACCUUUGGACCGGCAGUUUUUGGCUGGACUUUGGGACGGUGCAGACAAAGACUUAAAUCGUGCAAUCAAUCACUUGUUGGGUUUGCCGGAGGACAAGGUCGUUCGAGAAGGGGCUGGAGGGGGUGGAGGCGGAGGUGGUGCGAGCCCAGCUGAAUCCAAGCCAAGCAAGAAAGAGUCCAAAAGCAAGAAAGACUCGAAGAGCAAAAAGACCUCCAAAGAGAAGAAAUCCAAAGAGCCAGAGUCGACAGGGAAUGAUUGGGGUGGUGGAUUCUUUGACACGACCAGCGGCUUCCCAGAUGCCAGUGGUUUUCCAAGUGCAGGUGACUUCUCUACUCAGGGCUUCCCCACACAGCCUGAGGCUUCCUUUGGCAUGCCAGGAAUGGCAGGAAUGGCGGCUCCACAAGCCUUUCCAACCAUGCCACCGCAAUCAGCUCCAAGCUACCCAGAUCCAUCCUUUGGAGCUUAUGCCCAGAACUCACCCUAUGGUCAGCCACAAGGACCGGCAUUUGGUCAACAAUCCACUCAGCCUUCCUUCAAUCAGUUCCAAUCAGCCCCAGAUCCCAAGAUGCACUUCGGCGCCGCCACACCCAGCACAGCCUGGGACAGUGAAUCGGACAGUGAAAAUGACUGGUGGAACAAUCCGGCCCCUUAUGGAUCAGCACCUCAAACCCUUCCCUCCGCCUCCUACUUUGCCACACAAAUGCCCCCGCCGGGGCCGCCCCAGCCCUGCGGAGCUGCACCCUGCGGAGCGGCGCCCGCUGGCGGCUUCGGCGGAGGCUGUGCGCCUCAGUUUGGUUCACAGAUGGCAGCAUGGGGCUGA